CUCUCUCUCUCUUUCUCAGUAGUCAGUAUUCUCUCUUCCUGUUGCCCUGCUUCCUCAUGUCAGUCCUAUUCUCCAGCUUGAUUUUUGCAGCUUUCCUCGCAGUCGCAGUCUUUCCAUCUGCCCAUGUUCUAGUAUCUCGGCGAAGAGCUUGCAGUUGUUUUUUGUUCUUUUGUAUAUUUUUGGAUGAGCAGUAAAGAGCCCGCACACGCCUCAAUGUUCCUGUACGAUGAGUUACCGCACUAUGCCAUGGACGGAGUGGGGGUGCCCACCUCUAUGUAUGGUGACCCACAUGCUCCUCGACCUAUCCCACCGGUACACCACUUAAACCACGGACCCCCUUUACAUGCCAGCCAGCACUAUGGGACUCAUGCCCCCCACCCUAAUGUUAUGCCCACCAGCAUGGGGUCUGCUGUGAACGAUGCCCUUAAACGGGACAAAGAUGCCAUUUAUGGACACCCCCUCUUCCCUCUUCUAGCUCUGGUCUUUGAGAAAUGUGAACUGGCGACGUGUACCCCGCGGGAGCCGGGAGUAGCAGGAGGGGACGUGUGCUCGUCCGAUUCCUUUAAUGAAGACAUCGCUGUAUUCGCCAAACAGGUCAGGGCAGAGAAGCCUCUUUUCUCCUCGAACCCAGAGCUGGAUAACUUGAUGAUCCAAGCCAUCCAAGUCUUGCGGUUUCAUCUCUUGGAAUUAGAAAAGGUCCACGAAUUGUGCGAUAAUUUCUGCCAUCGAUACAUCAGCUGUUUGAAAGGAAAAAUGCCCAUAGAUUUAGUGAUUGAUGAGAGGGACGGCAGCUCGAAGUCUGACCACGAAGAACUCUCGGGAUCGUCCACGAACCUCGCAGACCACAAUCCUGCCUCAUGGCGAGAUCACGAUGAUGCAGUAUCCACACAUUCUGCUGGAACGCCGGGACCCUCCAGUGGUGGCCAUGCUUCACAGAGUGGGGACAACAGCAGUGAACAAGGGGAUGUGUUAGAUAAUAGUGUAGCCUCUCCAGGCACAGGGGACGAUGAUGACCCAGACAAGGACAAAAAAAGACAAAAGAAAAGAGGCAUAUUCCCCAAAGUAGCAACAAAUAUCAUGAGAGCGUGGCUCUUCCAGCAUCUCACACAUCCAUACCCCUCAGAAGAACAGAAGAAACAGUUAGCACAAGACACAGGACUGACUAUAUUGCAAGUAAAUAAUUGGUUUAUUAACGCCAGAAGACGGAUAGUCCAGCCUAUGAUCGACCAGUCUAAUCGAGCAGGUUUUCUUCUUGAUCCUUCAGUGAGCCAAGGAGCAGCGUAUAGUCCAGAAGGACAGCCAAUGGGAAGUUUUGUGUUGGAUGGUCAGCAACACAUGGGGAUCCGACCUGCAGGUCCUAUGAGUGGAAUGGGCAUGAACAUGGGCAUGGAUGGCCAGUGGCACUAUAUGUAAACAUCAUUCUGCAGAGCAAUCACAAGCAGGGGGAAGUCUGCAGGACAUGCCAGGGGACUGUCUUUCUCAGGGUGGUCCUAUGAGUAUCAGUUUGGUACAACCAGCUCACACUUCUCCACAGU